AUUCGUAUGAUGACAGGCAACUCUAGAACUGGAUCAAGGACGCACGUCUAGUAAGAGACAUCCGGAUCAUCAUAUUCUGCCGAUAUGGCGCUGUCUUUGGACUAUACGAUGACCCCACUGCCAGACUGGGCCCCUCAUAUAGGAUAUAUAUUGACAAGCACUCUCACAUGGGUUUAUGGCCAACAGACCAUUCUCCCGUUGGACUUCAUUUCACUCAAACAGAAUUCUCUGAAUAUGUACGACAACGGUCUGACUGUUGCAUCGAUGAGGAACUGGAGAGAUGCUUCUUUUUGUGGACCAGUGGUCAUAUUGGUGCGAUUACUGCUCUCUACGGGAUUUUGCAAACGGCGAACAUAUUGGCUCAACCUCGCAGCAGCAAGUUUUCCCUCGCCGAAUUUGAAGCUGCAGCGCCAAGCCUCGAGAAGUUCGUUCACGAGCUCGGAGGAGCUUGUGAGCUCAAAAAGGGACUUCCUCCUCAAUCACUGAUUACGGAUGUCGGGCGCCCAAGUUUUGCGGCAUUUUUCCGUCGGUUGCUAAGACAUGGCUCUCUUUUUUGCACCGAAAGAAGAAUCCUGGACGUCCAAUACGACGACUUGGACCAAUGGGUCUUCCUUGAUGACCCGAUUCACGGCGAUACUUGCCUAACAGCCAUCCGCCAAGGAUGGGUAUUCACCUCUGCGUGCGGAAAUUUCCCCAACACCGUGAUUAUCUCCCUCUCCACUCCUCUUCUUCAAUGCUGGUUUUCGUAUCACCUCAUUCCUUGUGAACUCGAGGCAUCUUUCGAGAGUCCUCUCGAUCUUGUCUGUCAAGUCACGGCGCUUUUCCGUCCCUCCUUACUUCGCGACCCGCCAGUUCGCUUCGGUACUCCACUUGAAAGUCGUUAUCUUACGGAAUUUUACAGAGCUGCGUCAGCUUUGACAGAUGGUGCUAUCGUUUUGUCUCCAGACUUUGGGACCAAUCCAGAUCGUGAAAGUCAAGGCCGGAUUGAUUUUCUCUUGGCGCACAAGAAGUGGGGUAUUGAGCUUACUAGGGAUGGGAAUCGUUUGGAUGGCGGUCGUGAUCCGCGGUUCCAAAACUACGGGCAACGGCUUGAGGAAGGAGAUAUGACGCAGUAUAUCUUUGUGGAUUAUCGGGUGACGCAGCCGGUGCAAUCACAUCCAGACGUUCCGCAUCUAUAUCAUGUCGUUUUUGACGACAUGUUCGAAGACCAUGUUAUUCUCAAAGGAAGCGAUCUGUCAGUCAUAUGCCAUGGUAGCCAUGGUAGUUUUCCGAAAGUGUAAGGCCAGCGCUCAGAGCAAAUUUCGAUCAGUACUGUGUUUGUUUCUUACGAGGAGAUUCAUAACGUUCGCACAAUGACAUCGCUUCAUGGUUGCUCGUGGUGCAUAAUUAGGGCUCAAAGCAUGAGAUACAACUACCGUACCGUCACUGUGUCUUUCACAGUCAAGGCUUCAAUGAAACGGCGCCUGACACGUUCAGCAACAACAGGAUUUCAUC